AUGCGAUGGACCCCCCGCGACGUCGCGUUCGCCCUCGCAAUCGCGAGCGCACUCCUCGCGAUCGCCUGGCCCGCGUUCGAGGCUCGAUUCUCCGCCUGCCCGCUCGGCUACGGCGCUAAAACCACCGGUCCAGCUCGCGCGCGUCAUCACUCGACCGACGCCGAACGCGACGCCGACGUCACCACGUUCGCGAACUGCGCCGUCGGCGACGCGGGCGCGAUCAAAGACAUCACGGUAUCCCGACACGGGCGAAUCAUCGCCGUCGAAGACGUUCCGUCGACGAGAUUCGGCGUCGUGUUGGACUGCGGCGGGCGCGCGCUGCGAAGCGGCUUCGUCGACGCGCACGCGCACGUCGUCACGGGCGGAUUCGCGCUCGACGCGCUCGAUCUGCGAGGCGUGCGGUCCAAAGAAGAGUUCAUAGAGACCCUCGCGCGAGCGAUCGACGCUGGGAAGGAAAAAUGGGUGCUGGGACACGGUUGGGACGAGACGUCGUGGGGCGGCGAGACGCCGUCGAACGCGUGGACGCGCGGCGACGAACGAUUCGUCGGAGCGAAGGUGUGGGUCACGCGGACGUGCGGACACGUCGGAUUCGCGAGCGAGGCGGCGUUGGAAAUCGCGAAGAUCACGGGCGCGAAGACGGUGAUCGCGGGUGGGAUCGUGGAGUUGGACGACGAGGGGGCGCCGACUGGGAUUCUAAAGGAGUUGGCCACGGCGGCGAUGUCGAACGCGGUGCCGAAGCGGUCGCGGAGCGAGCGCGAUGAAGCGUUUAAACGGGCGUUUGAGUACUUACUCAGUAAAGGAAUCACGACCGUGGGUGAUUUCGGGGACAUCGAGAGCUUGGUGGCGGGCGCGGAUGGAUACGCGCAGCUCUGGGAAGAUUUUGAGACGCUCGAGCGAUGGGACGCGGUCGGCGACCUUCCGAUUCGCAUCACGUCGUACAUGCCACUCGGGGACUGGGCAAGCGUUCAAUCCCACGUCGCGUGGAACAGUGGUUGGACGCGAGAGAAUGAGACCGCGGCUUCUCGGGUUCGAUUGGGCGGCGUCAAGGCGUUUCUCGACGGUAGCUUGGGCGGGCGAACCGCGGCGAUGAUGGCGCCGUAUCUAGACGACGGGUCGACGUCUGGACAUUUGAUGUACCCCAGAGGUAAAAGAGAGAAAAUUUUGCGCAAGCAAGCCACUCUCGCGGACGCAGCGGGUCUUCAGAUCGCCGUGCACGCCAUCGGAGACGCCGCGGUGGAACAAGCGCUCGAGCUCCUAGCCUCGAUCGAGCGCUUGGAUGUUAUUGCCCUCGGUCGAGGAGUUUCCUCCGUAUUUCGCAGGCCCAGUGUACAGAGACAUGAAACGCUUGCUCUGAGAUGGUAG